AUGGCUAUGGUUUUUUCUGCUUUUGCGGCGUCUCUCUACGUGGUUGCAGUUGUGUUCUUCCGCUGGCAAAAGCUUGCACAGUUAUAUUAUAGCGUGUGGUUUGCAGUGGUUGCUUUAGCGUGUGGAAUUGUACACAAGCAUAGUGCCUCUUCCAAAAACUUGGAAUAUUUAAAUGUGAAGCCCCACCUGCAAAACACGAUCAUCGUUCCUGAGAUGUCAAUGGCAAGACCUUCAACACAGUUGAAAUCAAGCCUGAGUUCUCAAUCUCAUACACAGUCAAGCAUGGUAGACCUGGUACUGGUGCCACCCAUCGACAAGGUUCAUUCCUCUGCAAUGAGAAGUCUACAGUCGAUUCAGAAAUAUGAAGAGAUUUUGUUCGUUAGGAUCACUUAUGUUAUGUUCUUCGUAUUCGUGUGCUUAAUUAGUUUGUAUUCUAUCUGCUGA